AGAAUCUCGUUCUGAAAAACAAAAUGUCUGCGCCCUUUUAAUUGUGUGGAGAGCAGGAAUAGCGCCAAGUCGGUUUGAAAUUUCCAUAUUUAAGAGAGGAAGUGGGAUUCAAGAGUUGUGUCAGCUGAAAAAAUAUAACGUUUACUAUCAAAGAAAUCCACAAGACUGUGCACCAUGUCAAGAAUCUGGCAGCGUCUGAAGGGAUUGAAAUUCAGUGAGGAAUUUGUCAAUAUGGUUGUUCCGUCAUUCAUAACUGCAGCAUCUCUGUACCAGGGCUUGAAGCACGUCUAUGGUUUGGACAGAAUGAGGAGCAACUAUGAGAAGAAGGACUCUCGUGGGAAACCAGUCGGUAUUGAUGAAGCCACUGAAGCUCUGAUCAGUCAGGUAUUAAGAAGGAGGAAUCUUGUUCCCUAUGAAGAAGCUGGGUUGGAAUUCUUCUACAGUGACACAAAGGGACCAGUGUGUAUGGGCGCUCUCGGGUGUCGUGGUGGUGCUUACAUAGGUCUGCCAUUCUUUAUGGCGUAUAAGAGUGUCGAUGACGUAGUGAAGAGCGAAACACUGGUACUCCGAGGCAAAACAUCCCACGACAUUUAUCAGAUAGAUUGGGAAGACCCUCUCUCCCUGGAGAUGGCCAACUCUCUUGUCCUUUCGGAAAAGGCAAAGAUGUUUCUGAUUGCACGGGAAAUCUUCAACGUCAGUACAUAUGCUCCCUUGGUCAACGCUGUAGCUGUGGGUGCUUCUGGAUUGAUGACGUACUCCAUUUAUAGGCACAACUUCUACAGAGCCAGAUUGGUUGGUUGGACUGGGCAUGUAUUUUUUCUCUCUUUGGCUGCACUGGUAGGUGGCAUUAUGUACACCGUAAUCACUGAUAACUACAACUGUUGGCUGCAGGGCUGGACGAAUAAAAAGGCAGCCAUGUUGGGGACGGAGUACGCCGAGGGAGGUGUGGAACUCUUCGAGAGUAUAUUAAAUUUGAAUAAGAUCACGAGAGAAAUGAUGGACGCGGCCGAUUAUUACAACAAGGAGGGGAAUGUUAACUACCCAUGGUACAGGAAUCCGUUUUUACCAAUUACAUUACAACGAGACAGUGUCAGGAAAAUCCUGGAUGAUCUGCGAGCUGGGGUUGUUCAACCGACUGAGUAUCCUGACAAAGACUAUGAUGCCCCAAGAUUAAAGAGAGCGAGACAGCUUUGAACUGUACAGUAUUUAGAGACCAUUCCCAGACCCUAUCGUAUUAACUGUGGAGCGAUCUAUCUUUGAGGGGAUUCUUGCUAAUUGCUUUCAGCUUAAGCUGCUCUAAUGUCUGGCUACUGAAGCUGUUAGGGGGGAAUUAACUAUAGUUUAGCAGCUUCAGUAGGCCUACCAGUCAUCUGAGCCACUUAAGCUAAAAGCAAUAUAGGGAGAAACCCCUUGGAGAUGGGUGGUGCCUGUCAGAUAGGUCACAGUAUGGGAGCCCAGUCUUUGUGAAUGUUAUACUAUGAACUGUUAUAAAUCUCAAAGUGUACAUUUUGAUUUUAAAAUGUUAUUAAAAUUAUUAAAGUUGUGAUUAAAAUGAAGGGAAAUUAUCACUACAGCUCAUACUAGACACACUGGAACAGUGUGAUUCUUCUUUACUUCCAAGUUGUUUUCAUUUGUGACUUAUUGGCAUUUUCAACGGGUGACUUAAAACCUCCAUGGAGCUGCAGUAUUGUGCUAGUUGCAUUACCUGAAUGUCUGCGGUAACAUUUGUACCCUCUGAAAUCGGGGGACUCUAAAAUAGCAUACAAAACUGUAGUAUUGUAUGGGACCAUGCUCAGACCCUAUUGUACUAACUGUGGAUUGAUCUAUCUCCAAGGGGAUUCUGGCUUAAUUGCAAUCAACUGAAGCAGCUUAGAUGUCUGUCAGACCAUAACAUACUA